AUAUGACCCCUUUAAGGAAAAUACCAGCAUAAGCAGUAGCCUAUCUUAAACUAAUUGUCAACCAUGUUUAGUAGUAGUUGUUCUCAGUGGCUCUAUAUCUAUUUUAGUAUCUUUGCUCGCGUGAGCUUUGUAAAGAGGACUUUAUUUACACAAAUAUACAUGUUUAGCAAAUAUUUGAAAACGGCGACGUUUAUAUUAACUUGGUUACAGAGACUUGUGUAUUUAAGAAGAGUUGUGCGGACGUGCCACGUCAUACAGCGUGAAUCCAUCCAUUGGUCAAACACAAACAUAUGCUGCUCCUUUUUGCUCCCUAUGGCAGUUUUACGCCCCAAACAGUAAAUAAUAUUUUGCCCAAUCAGCUUAACAAAGCUAAUACCUUCGAGAAACACUUUUAUGUUUGUCAUAUGCAUCUUUAAAGGCUUUGCAAUCGCUUCUAGCAGUCGUUCCCUUUGUGUUGGUUUCUUUUGCAUCACUUUUCGAGACAAUGGAGUCUCUUCGCCAUCAGCGCUUACAGCCCGGUAUCGGAUACGGAGCGAGCGCGACCGGGACUCUCCGGUCCCUGCGGCCCGGUGUAACCGGCACUCUUUCCUCGGCACAGGGUUCCCACGUCUCGGUGUCUGCCUCCCCGGGGCCGCCGCCACCACCGCCGCCCCUUCAGCUCCACAGCCUCGGGUCCGGUAUCAUGGGCAGCGGGUUCGGUUCGUUGGACAUGUCGGCGGGUCUGGGUCUGUCCAAUCCCACCAACCCCGCGGUUCUGAGAGAGGCAGUGGACGCGGUGGUCCGGAGCUUUGCCAAACACACGCAAGGAUACGGCAGGGUGAAUGUCGUGGAGGCCUUGCAGGAGUUCUGGCAGAUGAAGCAGUCACGAGGUGCUGACCUGAGGAACGGGGCUCUUGUAGUCUAUGAGAUGGUCCCAUCCAAUAACCCCCCUUAUGUCUGCUACGUCAGUCUCCCCGGUGGAAGUUGCUUCGGGAGUUUUCAGUUCUGCCCAACCAAAGCUGAAGCAAGACGGAGCACGGCCAAAAUUGCCCUAAUGAAUUCUGUUUUCAAUGAGCAUCCAUCUCGACACAUCACAGAUGAGUUCAUAGAGAAGAGUGUGUGUGAGGCUCUAGCCUCUUUUAAUGGAAACAGAGAAGAAGCUGAUAAUCCUAGUACAGGCAUCGGUGCUUUUCGGUUCAUGUUAGAGUCUAACAAGGGGAAAUCUAUGCUAGAGUUCCAGGAACUGAUGACGGUUUUCCAGCUUCUCCAUUGGAAUGGUAGUCUCAAAGCCAUGAGAGAAAGGCAAUGCUCUCGUCAGGAAGUGCUUGCUCAUUACUCCCACCGAGCGCUAGACGAUGACAUGCGUACACAAAUGGCCGCCGACUGGGUCAGUCGAGAACACACUUUAUCCGGUACAAUCAAUCGAGAGAUGGCCGCCACCGAGCGCGAGCUGGAAGAGGCCCGUCUGGCAGGACGGGAGCUGCGCUUUUAUAAGGAAAAGAAGGACAUUCUGCUCAUGGCAGUGGGGCAGCUAGGUGGGUCAAACACUACAACUCUGCCCUGCACAUGCUGAAGAGUAUGAAGACGUGUCACACGUGGCGUAUGAUUGUACCAGAUAGCACUCCAAAACUCCAAACAGUCUUUUUUAACUUGUGUUUGUGUGGGAGGAGUAUAAUUUCACAGACAAAAACGGUGAUGAAUUAUACAUUUCUUUCUUUUUGAUCUGAACAUGUAAGGCAUUUUAAACUUGAACAGAAUUAAGCGCAAUAUUGCUAUUAUUACUAUAUCAGUAUUAUCCUCCAGUGUUAUCGGUUGACUGUACUGGCACAUGGACCUACUAUGUCGGGAAAAUCUGAUUUUGAGGCCUUGUUUGCAUUGUACUACUCAUGAAUCCUAUUACACGUGGGCGUUACAUUUUAGCGAAUUCGCCAAA